CUCCGCGCCACCGCUGCGCUCUUUACAAAGGCCCCGGGCGCGAGACGACGUGCUCUGCCCGCCAGUGGGAAGGGAGGCCGCGCGCGCGGGAGCGCGGGAGGAUCGGCGGCUCGCGGUCACUGGUCCCUGGCUCGGUUCCCUGCACCCCGGGGCUCACACUUACCCGCGCGGAGGAGCAGCGGCCGGGUGUCCACCCCCAGCCUGCGCCCAGUCUCCUCGAUUCCCCUCGCUCUGAGCCGGGAGAGCCGAACAGCUGAGGAGAGUUCGCUGACUCCCCAGCCCCAGGUGGGCCUUGUGCACAUCAUGACCAGUUUUGAAGAUGCUGACACAGAAGAGACAGUAACUUGUCUCCAGAUGACGGUUUACCAUCCUGGCCACUUGCAGUGUGGAAUAUUUCAGUCAAUAAGUUUUAACAGAGAGAAACUCCCUUCCAGCGAAGUGGUGAAAUUUGGCCGAAAUUCCAACAUCUGUCAUUAUACUUUUCAGGACAAACAGGUUUCCCGAGUUCAGUUUUCUCUGCAGCUGUUUAAAAAAUUCAACAGCUCAGUUCUCUCCUUUGAAAUAAAAAAUAUGAGUAAAAAGACCAAUCUGAUCGUGGACAGCAGAGAGCUGGGCUACCUAAAUAAAAUGGACCUGCCAUACAGGUGCAUGGUCAGAUUCGGAGAGUAUCAGUUUCUGAUGGAGAAGGAAGAUGGCGAGUCAUUGGAAUUUUUUGAGACUCAAUUUAUUUUAUCUCCAAGAUCACUCUUGCAAGAAAACAACUGGCCACCACACAGGCCCAUACCCGAGUAUGGCACUUAUUCGCUCUGCUCCUCCCAAAACAGUUCUCCGACAGAAAUGGAUGAAAAUGAGUCAUGAACACAGAAAGUCUAAGAGGAGAAAUAUGAAGGAUGAAGAGCUCUGUAGAUGCUGUAUAGACACUAAAUAAGAGUUGAUUAGGGUAGUAUAUUAUAGUCAUGUGUUAUGCUGUGAAAUUUGGAAUUCAGUAUUAUCAUUUUGAAGUCUGUAAAUUGUGUUAGUCAUUAACUUAGUCACCUGUUGUAUUCCUGGAUCUACACAAAAUUAUUUUAAGUGCUCUUAUUAAUCUGUGAGGAUUAAUAUGCAAAAAGUAUCCUUUGAGAUGAAGUCGUGUUCUCAAAAUAAGGUUAUAUUAUUUUCUUUUUCUGCUUGAUUUUCAUCUUGUGUUUUGCUUUGUUUUUGUAAGGAACCAUCUCUUGGUUUGGUCACAUCAGUUCACAACAGCGAUUUGUUUUCAAGGUCAAGGCUCCAGGCAGGUUGUUACUGGUGUUUGCAGCCUGUCAGUACUUGCAGUACUGGAAUAGGUUCUAGGCUAGUGUCUGCGCGUCACUGUGGUUUUAGCAUGGGAGGACUUAUUUGAGAAAUACUACCUUACUUUUCUAUGAUUUCUUUUUACAGAGUUAUAGUGUGUUUACUCCUAAGAUGACAGUUCUCUUUGUCUAUAUUCAGCAUCUAAGACAAAUAUUUAAACAUUUUAAAGAACCACUGUGUUAAGUUUAGGAUUAUUUACUUACCAAAUUAGAAGUUUGACUUUCAUGUGUUAUACACACUUUUAAAAUUUCACGAAUUCACCUUUUUAAUAGUAUCCAUGUACAUAAUAGAAUCAAAGUUUAAUUAGCCAUUUUCUUUGAAUUUUUUUCUAAAUAAGGGAAAGAACUGUUCUUGGGCCACUUUACAUAGAUAAACGUAUGUGAAUGUUUAUGAUAAACGCUUAAAUAUUUCUAAAAUGUUAACUUCAAAAAAGUCUUUUUCAGUUCUUAAAUAAAAAUUCUUUUAUUUAAGAUACUUAUUCGACUUAUCUUAACUAAGGUAGCUAUGAAUGUUAAGUAGAUGAGGUAACCAUUCAGUUAAGUUAAAUUGUAGCAUUGCCAGGUAGUGAGGCUCACUGUACAAUUUUCCAGGUAAAUGAAAUUUCCUGUAGUAAGAGGUCCAUAUUUUUGUAACAGCCUUUUAAAAAUGCUUUUGUGAACCCUCCAGCCUCUUACCAAAAGAGGCUUUAAACCUCAUCUUGAUUCAGACCAUCAGUCUAUUCCUGGGCAGUAGUAUGUGAUGUCCAGCACCCUAACCCCGACUCCCCAGCCCUGGGACUAUUCCAGUAGAGUGAAAUAUUUGUCCCUGUACAAAGUGGCCUGAAUGACUGUUUGAGUUCCUGUGUCUGGUUUUCCUGUUUAUUCCCUGUGAUGCCCAGAGUAAUGAAUGGCCCAUCCAAAGAUGUCCAGAUGUCCAUGUGCUAGUCUCCAGAACUUGUAACUGCGUUGUUAUGUGGCAAAGGGGAAUGAAGGCUGCAGAUGGAAGUAAAAUAGAUUAUGCUGGAUUAUCUGGGUGUGCCCAAUUGAUCACCGGAUCCGUAAAAGUGGAAGAGAGGCAGAUCAGGAUGUCAGCGUGAUGAGGUGUGAGACAGACUUGACUUGCUGUUGCUGGGAGGAAGGAGGUCAUGAGCCAAGGAAUGUGGACAGUCUCUUGAAGCUGGAAAGUGUGCAUUGGACAUCUGGAAGCCAGAAAAGACAAAGAAAUAUCCAGAAAGGAACAAAGUCUUGUGGACACCUUGAUUUUGGUCCAGUGAGAAUAUGUUUGACUUGUUAACCUACAAAACUUUAUGAUGAUAAAUUUGUGUUGGUCGUAAGCCAUUAAAUCGCAGUAAUUUGUUAUAGCAGCAGAUAGAAAACUAAUAUACUCCCUUUAAUAUAAGGUUAUCUACUAUUGAUUCUUUCUAGGAUUUUAGCUUCUGGUCUGAUGUGGGUUUACAGCCAGAUCACCUGGCUUGAAUUGCUUACAGUGUGUAGUCUCAUGGUAAAGGCGUUCUAUGAGUGAAGUGUAUAUACUUUAAUGUGUGUAUACUGUCACAUUUUGACUAUUUUGGAAGACUUUCACCUCUGUUUCUUGUCUUUGAGGCCGAUGAAUGUGUUUCUAAGUUAUAAAUUUAAUAUUAAGGGAUUCAUGUAUUAUUGUUAUUGAAUCCAAACAAUGUGUUAAGUAAUAUUUAGGGCCAGAAAAAUCUUGUACAGAAUAAUGAUUUCCCCUAAUGUAAAUCUUGGAAAGGGUUUUGUUCAACUUGAGAAAUAUUAAAUUUUUUGUUCUAUUUUUUUUUUCUUAAAAGAUUGGCAAAGGAGAGAGUGGGUUGCUAAAAGUUUAUAUUGUUCUCCAAAGAAUAGAAACACUUUCCAUAGCCCAACUCCAGUAGUAAAUAAUAAUGAACACUUUAAUAAUGAAAGAGCAAUUGGUUAAUAUUAGAAUUGUUUUGAUUACAAAGUUAGCAUCUCUGCCUGAGCUACCCAACCCCAAAGCGGGGUUGUUAGAGGAAAGCUGCCAUAUUUCAUAGAACCGAGGAAGGAAUGCAGCAGACCUCAGGUGAGAUUCGAAUGCUCUGGCUCUGACCCUCAAUGCAUAUUGGCUCCAUGGUCACCUGUAGCUCCCAAGUUUUACACGUUAUUGAUCCCCCAAAGAGACCUGAUCUCUUGAUUUCAGUUCCAGGGACGGGUCAGCUUGGGUCAGGUGCCCGCCCCUUCGCCAAUCAACUUGUCUCAGGUAAUGCAGUCACAUUAUAUAAUGGCUGCUCUGGUCAGUGAUCAUGUGGAUAGAUACAGCAUUUUCUCAAAAAAUGGUCACAGAGGGGUGGGGGUGGGGCAAACAAAAAUAUUGGUGUUUGAUACAAGGUACUGAAGCUAAGAUGUGAAACCUUCCAUAUAUACUUUAAGGACUUCUUUGUCCCUGGAAGUGAUUUUUCUGGGGCUCCUUAGGUAGAGAGGUGUAUUAAUGGUGCCAGUGUUAGAAUCCUUGGCAGUCUCUUCUUGAACCUGCAACUCCAGUGGUUAAAUCUCAUAGGCCAUAUGGUUAUAUAACCAUUUUCUAGAGAAUUCUGUUCCUACUAUCUAAUGCAGUAACUGACUUAAAAGUAAGUAUUACUGUUAGACUCUAACGUAAGUGGUGGUAUUUGUUUUAAUGGAGGUGGGAUCAGGUAUGUGUUCACUUAAGCUUUACAUUAAAAAAAAUUUAUAUGUGUAAAUAAAUAUAUAUGCCUUGUAGAAAAA